UUGUGUUUUGGAGCAGGAAGAUUUCUAAAUAAUAUCCUUGGUUAGGCUAAGUAUCACUGGUCAGAGCUUACGAAUCAAGAAUUUGCAGUAUGCUGGAACAUGAAAAACUUAAUUUACAGCAGUAUGAUUACAAAAUUGAGGGUGAAAGAAGUCAAUGCUAUAAAGAAAAUUUGGAUGGCAAUGAUUUUUUGCAAAAGGAUUUGCCAAUGUUGUCAUCAAAACUAAACUGCAAAAGAGCAUGUUUAGGCCAAGAAGAAUAUGAAGAUACUAACAAAUGUAUGAUAUUGAAAGCGAAUAGAAAUGCUGGAUGCAUUACCAAUGAUGGGUUGAGUGAAAUAUACAAUCAACAUGAACAAACUGCAAGUUUGAAUUUAGAAAAGAAAAAUGAAGAGAUGAAAUAUAAAUGUGAACAUUGUGGAAUAAAAUUCAAUUUAGCUACAUUGACUUCUCAUUUAGGAAUUAAAGCAGAAGAGAAACAAUUUGAAUGUGAUUAUUGUGUAAAGAAGUUUGACAGCAGAAGUGAAUUAGAAGCACAUUUGAUGAUACACACUAGAGAAACAACACCAUAUGAAUAUGGCGAUUGUGGAAACAACAAUGAUGAUGAUGAUUUAGAAAAUUACACAGAAAAGACGACAUGUGAAAGUGAAAAUUGUGAAAAAGGUUUUGAAGAAAUUGGUAAUUUCAAAAAUGUUACACAUGCAGCAGACACACCAUAUACAUUUGAACAUUUUGGAACAAAAUUAAAUCAUUCUGAUAGAUUAAAUACACGUUUAAAUAUGCACACGAAAGAGUUGCCGUUUCAAUGCCAACACUGCGGGAAAAGAUUUAAUAGCAGCACUAUUUUAAAACUGCAUCUGAUGACCCACACACAAGAAACACUAUAUACAUGUGAACAUUGUGAAAAGAAAUUCAAUAAUAGUGGUAAUUUAAAAAGACAUUUAAGGAUACACACAGGAGAAAAACCACAUGAAUGUGAACAUUGUGGAAAGAAGUUUAAUCAAAGUGGUAGCUUGAAAACACAUUUGAGGAUACACACAGGAGAAAGACCCUAUGAAUGCGAACACUGUGGGAAGAGAUUUAAGUGUAAUGGCGAGUUGAAAGAGCAUUUGAGGACACACACAGGAAAGACACCUUAUAAAUGUAAACAGUGUGGAAAGGAGUUUAAACGUAUUGGUUAUCUUAGAAUGCAUUCAAGAGUACAUUCAGAAAUGAAACCUUAUGAAUGUGAACAUUGUGAACAGAAGUUUAAAGAAAGUUCUAAUUUCAAAAGACACAUGAGGACACAUUUAACAGAAACAACAUAUGAAUGUAGACAUUGUCAACAAAAAUUUAUAGGCAUUGGUAGAUUGGAAACACAUUUGAAGACACACACAAAGGAGAUGCCUUUCCAGUGUCAGCAUUGUGGAAAGACAUUUAAUAGCGGUAAAAUAUUAAAACUACAUCUGAUGACACACACUGGGGAGAUACCUUAUACAUGUGAACAUUGUCAAAAGAAGUUCAGUAACAGUGGUAAUUUAAGUAGACAUUUGAGGAUACACACUGGAGAAAAACCACAUGAAUGUGAACAUUGUGGAAAAAAGUUUAAUCAAAGUAGUAGUUUGAACAUUCAUUUAAGGAUGCACACAGGAGAAGGUAAACCACAUGAAUGCCAGUAUUGUGGAAAGAGUUUUGAAAGCAGUACUAUUUUAAAAGUGCAUUUGAUGACACACACUAAAGAAAGACCAUGUGAACAUAGUGAAAAGAAAUUCAGUAUCAGUGGUAAUUUAAAAAGGCGUUUGAGAAUACACACUGGAGAAAAACCACAUGAAUGUGAACAUUGUGGAAAAAAGUUUAAUCAAAGUAGUAGUUUGAAAACACAUUUGAGAACACACACAGAGAAGAAAACUCAUGAAUGUGAGCAUUGUGGAAAAAAGUUCAAUCAAAGUAGUGGUUUGAAAACACAUUUGAGAACACACACAGAGAAGAAAACUCAUGAAUGUGAGCAUUGUGGAAGGAAGUUUAAGAAUAUUGGUAGAUUUAAAUCACAUUUGAGUGUGCACACACAAACGACCUUUUUUGAGUGUGAGCAUUGUGGUAAGAAAUUCAAAAGCAGUGCAGUUUUUAAAAUGCAUUUGAGGAUACACACUGGAGAAAAACCAUAUGAAUGUGAACAUUGUGGGAAAAAGUUUAAUCAAAAUGGUCAUUUGAAAAAACAUCUGAGGGUACACACAGGAGAAAAGCCAUAUGAAUGUGAACAUUGUGGAAAGAAGUUUACUCAGAGUGGUAGCUUAAAAAUACAUUUGCGGAUACACACAGGAGAAAGACCAUUUGAAUGCGAACAUUGUGAAAUGAAGUUUAAGGAAAGUGGAAGUUUGAACAUUCAUUUAAGGAUGCAUACAGGAGAAGAUAAACCACAUGAAUGUCAGUUUUGUGGAAAGAAGUUUGAUAGCAGUACUAUUUUGAAAAUGCAUUUGAUGACACACACUGGAGAAAAACCAUAUACAUGUGAACAUUGUGAAAAGAAGUUCAAUAAUAGUGGUAAUUUAAAGACACAUUUGAGGAUACACACUGGAGAAAAACCGCAUGAAUGUGAACAUUGUGGAAAGAAGUUUAAUCAAAGUGGGAGCUUGAAAAAUCAUUUGAGGAUACACACAGAAAAAAGACCACUUGUUUGUGAAAAUUGUGGAAAGAUGUUUAAGUGUAAUAGUGAUUUAAAAGUACAUUUGUUAGUACAUACAGAAGAGACGCCUUAUGAAUGUGAACAUUGUGGAAAGAAGUUUAAAAGAAGCAGUAAUUUUACAAUGCAUUUGAGGACACACACAGGCGAAAACCUAUAUGACUGUGAACAUUGUGGAAAGAAGUUUUAUCAAAGUGGUCAUUUGAAAAACCAUUUGAGAACACACACAGGAGAAAAACCAUAUGAAUGUGAACUUUGCGGAAAGAAGUUUACUCAAAGUGGUAGCUUGAAAACACAUUUGAAGAUACACACAGGUGAAAAACCAUAUAAAUGUCAACAUUGUGGAAAGACGUUUAAGUGUAAUGGCGAGUUGACAGGGCAUUUGAGGGUACAUACAGGAGAGACACCUUAUGUCUGUGAACACUGUGGAAAGAAGUUUAAAAACAGUAGCAAUCUAAUAGUGCAUUUGAGGACACACACAGGAGAGACACCAUAUAUAUGUGAACAGUGUGGAAAGAAAUUUAGGCGUAUUGAUUUUCUUAAAUUACAUUCAAGAAUACAUGCAGAAAAGAAACUUUAUGAAUGUGAACAUUGUGGACAGAAGUUUAAAGAAAGUUUUGAUUUCAAAAGACACAUGAGGACACAUCUAACAGAAACACCAUAUAAAUGUAGACAUUGUCAAAAACAAUUUAAAUAUAUUGGUAGAUUGGAAACACAUUUGAAGAUACACACAAAUGAAAAGUCCUUUGAAUGCGAACAUUGCGGAAAGAUAUUUAAUAGUGGUACUGUUUUAAAACUGCAUUUGAGGAUACACACAGGUGCAAAACCAUAUAAUCGUGAAUAUUGUGAAAAGAAGUUUAAUCAAAAUGGUCAUUUACAACGGCAUCUAAAAAUAGACACAGUAGAAAAACCACAUCAAUGUGAGCAUUGUGGAAAAAAGUUUACUCAAAGUGGGAGCUUGAAAACACAUAUGAGGAUACACACAGAUGAACAUACAGGAAACACAUCAUCUGAUAGAUCUAGAUAUUGUGGAAAGAAGUUUAAAAUUGGUAACAAUUUUAAUGUACAUUUGAAGGCACACACAAAAGAGACACCAUAUAUAUGUGGACAGUGCGGUAAGAAAUUUCAAAGCCGUACUGUUUUGAAAACACAUUUGAGGAUACACACAGCAGAAAGACCAUAUAAAUGUGAACAUUGUGGAAAAACAUUUAAUCAAAUUCCUCAUUUGAAAAACCAUUUGAGGAUACACACUGGAGAAACAACAUAUGAAUGUGAACAUUGUGGAAAGAAGUUUACCCAAAGUGGUAGCUUGAAAACACAUUUGAAGAUACACACAGGUGAAAAACCAUAUAAAUGUGAACAUUGUGGAAAAACAUUUAAUCAAAUUCAUCAUUUGAAAAACCAUUUGAGGAUACACACUGGAGAAACACCAUAUGAAUGUGAACAUUGUGGAAAGAAGUUUACCCAAAGUGGUAGCUUGAAAACACAUUUGAGGGUACACACUGGAGAAAGACCAUAUGAAUGCGAACACUGUGGGAAGAGAUUUAAAAAUAAUUGCGAUUUGAAAGGGCAUUUGAGGAUACACACUGGAGAAACACCAUAUGAAUGUGAAUGUUGUGGAAAGAAGUUUACCCAAAGUGGUAGCUUGAAAACGCAUUUGAGGGUACACACUGGAGAAAGACCCUAUGAAUGUGAACAAUGUGGGAAGAGAUUUAAACAUAAUUGCGAUUUGACAGGGCAUUUGAGAAUACACACUGGAGAAACACCUUACGAAUGUGAACACUGUGGAAAGAAGUUUAAAACCAAAAACAACUUUAAGGUUCAUCUGAGAAUACACACACGAGAGACCAUAUGAAUGUAAUAAGUGUAGACAGACAUUUAGGCUUAUUGACAAUUUUAAUAGACAUUUGAAAAUACAUAUUUAAGGCACAGUAUGAAUAUGAACAUUGUUGAAAAGUUGAUGAAAGAGGUACUCUGUUUUGAAAAUACUGAAUAUUUAUAGACACACACUGAGGAGAUUUAUUGUAAAUAACAUGAUUAUUCAUUCUAUUAUUAAGAAAUUGAAAGUGCAUGUGUGGAAAAAAAGAACAAAAUAGAAUAUAUUAAUAUAUAUAAAUAUAUAUAAUAUAUAAAGGAUACAUGUAGGGGAGAGAUGAUGUGAAGUUGAAAUAAUAAAAUGAGACAAACUACUGUAUUUGCUUUUGAAACACAUAAAUACCAAAGAUUCUACAAAUAUUGGAAACCUUGUUGAAAGAAAUGGAAGCCAACAGUAAUGAAAAGUUGAAAUACUAUAUUAAAUGCAGUACAAAUUUACUAAGGAAUAGUUGCUUUUGAAAACCAAUUCACUCUUCUAUGCAUUUAUUAUCAAGAUCAAUUUUUGCACUCCAGUACCAUACUUUGUUUUGCGUGUGUAGUGUAGUAUGUAUUAAUGUAUAAUAAACUAGUUUUAAAAAGUUCUUGUCUGUUUAUAUGAGGAUAUACUGUUAAUAUUUUGAAUAAUUU